AGGAGGGGCUGAGGGUCAACUUUGCAGGAGAAUUUUUCAGAGCAACGGUCAAAGACAGAAAGGAGGAAAAGAAAUCCAAAAAAGGGCACUGAGAGAAAGCAGAAAUUCAAGCAGAAAACAAUAGACUGUCCAUCAUAGUUAUAAUUUUGUCAGCUAAAACUUCAUAAAUGCUUCUGCAUUGCUUUCGGGAGAAGGUGAUAUUUAAAUCCGCCCGCUCGGCGGGCAGACGGGAGCGCAAACACCUCCGAGAGCUUUGCUGGUAUUGCCUGCGGAUCCACAGAACGGGGGACACGACCUGCGCUGGCUCUCCUUGCAGCCUGAUGAAUCAGAGCAAGUCACUGUUUGAGCAGCACCGAAACAUUUAACCCCUUCCACGGGCUAUUUCACUCCCCCUGUGGUGCCUGGACUUAAAAGAUCAUAUUUUACCGGAUGGAAAGUAAGAGCGUGUUCCUAAGCCUCCUACUGUGCUACAGUGUGCUCAGAGCUGCCAAUUCUCACAUGGUCAUCGAAGAGAAGACAGAAUGCAACCUGUCAAGGAGCAACAAAAUGAACCUUCCAGAUCUCCCGCCCAUCUCCAUCGUAGAUUUAACAAAAAGAUCCCAGAAAGUCAGCAGGAAAGAGGCAGAGAAUAAGAAAGCUUCCAAGAAAAAAGCCGAACCGAAGACACCUCCGAAACCAAGGCCCACGCCAGCUGCUGACUGCGUGCCCAACUUCAAAACCUGCAAACCACACUUAAAUUCAUGUUGUAACUACUGUGCAUUAUGCAAAUGCCGAAUUUUCCGGACCGUCUGCCAGUGUCUAACGUUAAACCCAAAGUGCUAAGCCAAACUGGGGAUGCAAUAAGGCUUCUGUCUUUCAUUAGCUUCUCAACUGUGUAUUUCAACCUGCCCCGUGUGUGUAGCAAUUGAAGUAGAAAGCUUUGAAGCUGGCAGCUUGGAUUUGGUCCUCUUUAUAUUAAAUGGACAAUGUGGGGUUUUUUAUGGUGUUAAUGCUGUCAUAAACAGGAUGUUUUUUCAGGGAGCAAAAAAACAGGGUGAUUGACAUUGAACAGGUAUAUUUAGCAAAACUGGCCUGCAUUUUAAGAAGAAUUCUGGGGUUUUGGGUAUUUUUGUUUGGUCAGGUUUCUUUGAAGGGUCAUAUUAACCACAUAUUAAUCACAUUCUUGAACUGGCACCACAAAGCCUGCACCAAUGGCAUGCAAAGAGCCACACUACAACAGGACCAGUUAAUCCUGUAAGGGACCAAACCUGUCUUCGCCCACAAGGAGAGCACAGCACCAGCUUCUAACACAGCCAAAAUACCAUGUUGGAAAUGCAAGUUUCACACAUUCAGCAAAAAUCAGGAUGAGAAUUUAUAUAGGUUAUUUUAUGGGAAAAGACAGACUCGAACCAAUAAGGCAAUUUUUCAGUCAUCCCCAGUUGAGCAUCAGUACCUCCACCUGCAGGGUUUUUGGUCACCCUACCAGCAAUCAGUAUCUCCAAGGUGAAUAAUAUACAUGUGUAUUUGAACCCUGGACAUACCUGUGCCUCAUGACUUCAAAAUCAGAUUUCUUUCCCCAGCCAUAUCCACAGGAAUAGAGUUCUCAGCCCUUCUCCUGCUGCCAAGGAUACAGUGCACAUCGAGCCCAAAAGCAGCAACACAUCCCCAGAACUUGGAGGAAGAAAAGAAAGAUCAACAAAAAUAGAACAUAUAUCCCACAUUACAAGCCAUCAGUCUCUCUGUCUUGUCCCAUUUUACUACGAGCAACUCCCAGCACCCACCCACCCCAAGUAUGAAUUUAGGUGGCAAUCUCCAUGUGCUGCAGAAAAAAUACAUAUAUCAAAUGCUGGAGCAAGUCUUAAAGGCUCAGAAGCAGCUCUGAAUGCAUGGAUGAGGCUCAAGGCAGCAGCAAACAGGUAUCUAGAAGACACUUUUCUCUUGUUCUUGAAGAUCUUGACCUUGAGUUACCCAAGACGGCACAAAAGGAAAGCUUUUCUUGCUUAAACUACCAGGAGAGAUGUUGGUAGGUCACAGGAGAGUUAAGGAACGGACUCAGAAGCUGUCCCCAGCACUCAGAAGUACAUCCCCAGACUCUUCAUCUGCCAACUCCAGCUCUUGCUUCCUCAUCCUCUGUCCUGUAUCUACAAUGUUCCUCUUCUGUGGGCCUUUCUUGAUUUUAGUCUUUUCCCUUCAUCCCACUGCUAUUGCCAGUGACCACAGGGGUCAUUGCACCCCCAGAGCUAAAACCCACAUCUUCUUCACUCCACCUGCCUGCAAGAUGCCUGCACCAGUGACCAAUGCUCUUUGGCUUUCACAAUCAGGUAUUUUUCUAACCACAAAUUUCUAAUCCCCAUCCUGAGUUUUCUAGUGCUCUGUGCAGGUGUAACCAAGAGGAAAUUUCUUCAUUGAUUUCUAAGCACAGUUGAAGGCUACAAAAAUGUUCCAGGCAGGCAAAGAUGAUACAGGUGACACUCUAAAGGAGAUCAAGCCAUAUGAACUUUUUUCUUCUAACAGUCGAUCCAAAGCCCAGAGCUGAAAACAUAGUUCAGAUGUGGACAGGAAUGUUUUUUCAUCUUGGAGAUACUUACAUAGAUGACAGAGAUUAAUCAAAGAGCCCAAAUGAUGACAAGCUGUCAUAGUGCUCUUUGUCUUUUAUAAAAUACACUAGCUGUCAUGUAUGAUGCAAGCUUGGAUUCUUUUAAAUGUACAUAUGUAUUUCUUUUAAUCAGACAUCCUAGCUCAGGAAUCUGUAAGCCAUUCUGUUAUGAUUAAAAGAGGAUGAGAAGGAAGAAUGAUACAACAUCACAAUGGGCUUAGGAAAAGGAAUUUGGCCCCUUUUACUAGGUAAAGACGUAGGUUCCCAUCAAGGUGUUCAGAAAUUCUCAUAACUCUAAGAAAUUGUCCUUGAUUGAUACUGAAAUCAUAUCAACAAUCACACAACUUCUCAUGUGGAAACAAUUUCAUGGUCUUACCAGAAUGUCCAGCUGGGCAGAAAAAUUAUCUUUUACCAGGGUGGAUGGGAGCAGGAGGAGAGGAAAAUGGAAGGCAGGAGAGGCAGAUAUCAAACAAACAAACAGCUCAUGCUGUUCUCCAGACAGCAGCUUCCGCUCCAGCUUUGCAGAACCACAGAACGGUUGAGGUUGGCAGGGACCUCCUGGAGUCAGCUGGUGCAAACACUGAUGAGAUCCCCUCUCAGCUUCUCUUCUCCAGCUGAACAGCCCCAGCUCUCUCAGUCUCUCCUCACCAGAAAGACCAGCAUCUUUGUAGCCUCCACUAGACUCCCUCCAGUAAACCUUUGUCCUUCUUAAACUGGGUAUAGCACAAAGCACAGGAACACACACACCAGACCCGCACUGCAUUUCCUCACUCUCAGUAGCUCCAUAAGCCUGAAAAAUGGAAGCAAGACCUUGUGGCUCCUCACCCAAGUUACCUACACCACCCGCUACAGGACCUGCUCUAACAACCCAGUCCUCAUUACAUGCUUAAUGCCAUUCUUGAACACAACAGAAAAGAUAACGCCUGCUCCAGAAAGCUCUAGAUUAGAGAUCCUGAGAUGUUCUGGUGAUAACUUACCUAACAUGCUUCAACAAUGCUCCUAGUUUCUUCAGAUCCAACAAUAUAUCGAGAACCCUGCAGUCAGCAGGAGUUGCAGCUCUGCCGUGAUCAGCUCUCGCAACAGUGAGAGAAAUUUCACACCUAGAGAGGAUUUGGUGGAAUUUUCUUCCCCAACAAAUCACCCUGAUCUGGGGACCAAGACAUCCACGUGUCAGUCUGGCAUGCCAGCCUAGUUUAGGUCUCUCUCGUUCUCCAGAAUGAACACAGGUGUUUUCUGCUUCUUGCACUUGAAGGAGCUAAGAGGAGCUAUACAAAAAUUUGCCUUCCUCCACACACACACUUUUUCCCCUGAUAACUGAUUUACUGAAAAGGACGAGUUCAGCAGCAUCAGCACAGGUGCCAAGUGCCAUCUCAGCCCCACCAGGAACAGCCAUACAAGGCUGGCGGAUGUGACAUGGGGCCUAGAGGACACAGAGCAAGGCCAGAGAUGCACUGGGGUUCCUGAAAGACCCAUCAACCACUCCCAAAGUGCCCUUGUUACAUACACGGUGCCUUCAUAUUCCUUUCAGAGGUAAUAUAAAGAUGUUACUAGCAAACGUCUCAGAUGAUAUGCAGACAGCCAACACAUGGCUAAGUCCCUCUCCCACCUCUCCUAGAAGAAAUAAGAGGCUUUAGUCAUUUCUACAAGAUUUCUCAGUGAAAGGAUAUUACAAUUUCUGCAUGGCACAUGCACAGGUAUUUCUAUCCAGGAAAUCCUUGGAGAUGAAAUCCUGACCUGAAAUACGAGAGCCAUAAACUGGCUGUAAUAGUGUCUUAACACAGUUCGCAUGUGGCAUUCAUUUAAUAGUUAUAAAAGUUCAGGCCCCUUUGCAUCACUAGGAAUCUUCUAUUGACUUUAAUACACUUAAAUAAACACCCUCAUUGCCCACCCUCUACCAUCAGAUUCAUCAUUCAUCAAAGGCAAAUGGUCUCUCACCUGUAGAACAGAAACAGGAGCAGAUGCAUUUAAAGUAAUUCAACAGCCAGUGACCCCUCUCUCUGAAAACACCCCAGAAAUAUCUGGCAGAGCCAGAGCACUUUAAUCUAGAAGGUUUUGGUAUUUAAAAGAGCUCCUUACUAUAAAGCUGUCAUUCAAAUCAUAACAAUUUCUCCAUUUGGGAAGCAAAUAUUUGGAGCACUAAACGAGCACACCAGAUGGUUUACUUGCCUUCAUUCUUUUCAAGUUGUUCAACAUCCUUCCAUUGCUAUUACUAUUGUUCAAGUGCAAGGGUUUGGUCAGAGAUGUCACUCUUCAUCUACAAAACAGCAUCUCAAUGGCAGGUCAGACAAUAUCACAGGCAACGGCCUUCACUGCCAAAAAGGGUCAAAAGGAGUUUGACCAGUUAUCAAUAAAAUACACAUAGGAAGCAAGUUUUGGAGGGCAAGAAAAACAAGACCACCAAAUGUUUGUUCUGAGUCAAAAUCAAGUUAAUAAUGCAAAGCAGACAAAUGCUGGCUCAAAACAAAAUCUGGGUGUCAGCCUGAUUACCGAGCAAUUUAAAGGUGCUUCCAACAUCUGCAAUAUUGCAACUAAUAAGACGCUCUUCAGUUUACCUCUAAUAUGCUGCUGUUUUAACAGAGAGAAUGAGCUCAUGCCUACGAAUGUGGCCCAUUUAAUCUUUCCUUACGGAAAUGAUUCUGCAGUUGAUGAAAUGAAAACCAGAGUGUUAGAAAACUAAGAGCUUUGAUGAGAGGUGGCUCUGGAUGCUACAGGCAAAACAAGUAGUAAAAGAACUGUGCUGUAGACUUUCUCAAUAUCCUAAAGAGUUUCAUCUCCCUGCUGUGGAGUUUCAGGGAAUUAGACAAGCAGAAGGCAUGUCAGUCCCCAUCCAGUUCCAAAGGAUGCUUGCAGAACAUUAAACCCUUUUUGGUUUCAUCAUUAGUAAGUUCAAUGUAUAGUCCUCAUUACUGAUUAUGGAAUCAUUGAUGGUGGCUUUGUGGCACCCAAAUUCAGUUAAAAUUGGUGUGUUUUAGAGGUCGAUGCAAAACAAAGCAAUGAAAAAAGUUGCAUACUGAGCAACA